ACUCGUCCGACACAUUUUUCACAUUGUCAUAGAUUUAACACGGGCUGGUAAGAAAGUUGACUUUAAUUGAGAUUCGUUGAUAGAAAGCAGAAGGAGUUGGAAUCUAGUUCAGCAGUGUAUCAGUAUUUCGUGAAUUUGCAGUAGACAAGAUGACAAUCUUAUCUUUUAAUUUUGUCCCUAACCUGGGAUUUCCAUGGCGCUGUCAUUUCAUGAAUGUAUCUCUGAAGAAAGUGUCUGAAAAAUCAAAUGAAUUAGUAGCUAAUCCACUAUCCAAUAUAAAUCAAAAGAAUAAAGUUGUAGAUUGCCCAUCAGAAGGAGGAGAUUUCUCUUGCUCUAUCUCCCAAUCAGAAAAAUGUCCACCUGAUCGAGAACCAAAUGAAAAAUUAGAAAUCAAUGUUGCUGAAAAUAAUGGAUCUGUUCCGUCGUCUUCAAAAGAUAAAUUAUCUGCAACAUUGAAGACUGAAAAAGAUAAAUUAUCUGCAGCCAAGAAGUCUAAAAAAACGUGCCAUAAAUAUAAACAGUUCAAUCUACUGGAAUUCAGUUGGAUCAAUGAGAAGAAAGAUAUUGUGGAUUAUGUUUGUGGAGAUGCAACAUUGGAAUGGAAAUUUAAGACAUCUAGCGGCCCAGAUGAAGUUCUGGCAGUUAAAGACAUGAAUGAAUCUCCAAAUGAAGGUAAAUUGGAUUCAGUUUCUGAAAAAAAUGUAACAUUUGAGAAGCCGGAAAAAGAUAAAGUUCCUUAUGAAAAAGAUAAAGUUCCUUAUGAAAAAGAUAAAUUUUCUGCAGCCAAGAAGUCUUCAGAAACAUACCAUAAAUAUAAGCAACGACAUGUCAUUUGUAUAAGGAUAUUUAGCCGUUGGAAGGAACUUCUGGUACUCUUCAUCUUAUGUAUGCCUCUUGUCCGUGCCUCAGAUGGGCCUCCUGUCCUUGGGUCAGAUGGAUGCGAUUAUAAUUGCAUAGUAACUCAUGAAAAAAAUAAAAAUGGGUUUAAAUUUGAGAUCAGCUGUCAGUCAGAAUGGAAAGAUUUGAAGUUUGUGUCUCUAUGUAGACAUAGCUCAACUCCUAUUGUUGUGGUCUCAUAUAAAGAGGGACGAGAGCCGAAAUAUGGCCAACAUUAUGAACACCGAGCAAGCAUUAAUGUUGAGAACAGGAAAGCGAAUCUGACGAUUACGAAAAUAACACCUGAAGAUACAAGGUGUAAAUAUGUCGCAUGGGUAGGAAAUUCUACUUGUCGUGACAAAAUUACAUCCACUACACAAAUACCAGAGAAUCGCAAUGUUACAGAUCCACCACCAGUAGUGCAAGAUGAACCUUUACCACCGUGGGUUAUCUUUCUUCUUGUGGUUUCUAUUGUGGCGGUCAUAGUAUCAAUAAUACUGGUUAUACGCUACCGGUAGAAAAUCAGAUAGCUCUUGGCUUGCGCUACCUUGGAACAACAGGUGCCGGAGAAAACGGAAAAAAUAUAAAAUCUAAAGAUCAUAACGAACAUUUUUGUACCUAGUUUUUCUGUAUUAUUUUGAUGGGUUCUAUGCUUAUUUUGCUGCUAAAUUUGAGGUUUUAUAAACUACUUAAAAUUUUCGAUUUUUUUGGCAUCCAACGGCCGGACAAUGUGGUAUGUGGUAAAAGCUCUACGGACAUGCUAGAAUAUGGUAGCCAAUACAUUUUUCAUUGAGAAUUUGCAAGAGAGCGCUUUACGAAACUCUAGAACCCAUGCUUUGCAAAAAAACAAAGUUGACAUGGAUUACGGCCUUUGCGGCUGAAACGAGUCUUUUAAAAUUCCCUUUUUACUGUUUCUCUUGCAAUAAAUAUAUAAAUAGUGUAUCAGUGGUAAAGAGAAAGAAAAGACUAUUGCAAUGGUGUAAUUUAUUUCAAAAUUGAUACGAUAGUUAUUUAGUGACGAUCAUGGAAAUAUAACCAUGUUUUCUACUAAUUAGCGACAAUGUCACACAUUCCAGCGCUUUGUCUUAGCCGUUGCCUAUACCUACUUAUAUCAGAAACUAUAACAUGUUUUUUAAAAGAUAGUUAAUUAUUGUAACUUGACUAUUCCUUUGUAUUCUUUUGUUUAUUUGUAUAAACCCAUGAGGUUGGACAGGCGACCCUACUCCUUGUCACGUACAACCGGGGAUUCGAAACCACACCAGUCGACUCAAUGACAGACCUUAUGAUACAAUGCGCACAGGCUAACCAUUCAGCCAUUCAACCCCCUCAAUUGACAAGCGAGAGCUAGUGUUAAUAAAUCUUGACAGUUCUAUUCAACACCGGUAUUCUAGUCCCUGUCUUUACCACACAACACCUAACCAUCCAGCACCAGGUGGCCGAAUGGUUUAAGGCCUGGGCUUUAGAUCAUAAGGUCUGUCAUUGAGUAAAGUGGUGUGGUUUUGAUUCCCAGUUUCUUUGUGACAAGUAGUAAGGUUGUCUGUCCAACCUCAAGGGUUUUCUUUCGGUCCUCUAGUUUCCUCUCAGUGCCAACAAACCCUACCUACCUACAAGCGAAUUCAAUUAUUGAAAAAAUAAUAAAAUUGGACCGUAUGUUAGUCCCAAUAUAAUAUAGUUUGGGUCCAGUGGACAUUAAACCCCAUUUCUCUCCCUUUCCUUGUCAGACGUGCCAGAAAGUUUUUCAGAUCAACAGCUGGAUUCAAGUCCAUGUCUUAACCUCACUGGAGGGUUGCGUGGUGUAAUGGUUUAACCCAUAGCUUGAAAAUACAAGGUCAUUGAGUCAUAUUGUUUUUUAAUCCUUUGAUCUUGUUGUUGUCAUGCAUGGUUUCUGAAUUGUUGUUAUUGCUUGUCUAUAUAUAAUUGCUCUACACAUUUGUUACUGUACUUGCUUGAAAACGUUGAGAGAAUACUCUUCGAAACGUCGCCCAAAUAAAUCAGUAAUUGUUCUUCCAUAA